AUGACUCCUACUGUCUUCCUGGCCAUCCUGUGCUUGAGAGUGGCUUUGGCUGCUCCAACACCUGAUUAUAAUUUGGAUGCUGAGUGGGAGGAGUGGAAGAGGAGAAAUGAAAGAACAUACAGCCCAGAGGAAGAAAAGCAGAGGAGAGGAAUAUGGGAAGAAAAUAUGAAAUUGAUCAAACAGCACAUUGUGGAGGAUGGCCUGUGGAUGAACAACUUCACCAUAGAAAUGAAUGAAUUUGGUGACAUGACUGGUGAAGAAAUGAGGGAAAUGAUGACAGAAAGCUCAUCUCUUACUCUAAGAAAUGGGAAACAAAUCCAGAAACGCAAUGUCAAAGUCCCCAGUACUUGGGAUUGGAGAAAGGAAGGCUAUGUGACUCCAGUACGAAGCCAGGGAGCAUGUGGUGCAUGCUGGGCUUUUUCUGUAGCCGCUUCCAUAGAAGGCCAGCUGUUCAAGAAAACAGGCAAACUGAUCCCACUUAGUGUACAAAAUUUAAUGGACUGCUCAGUAACUUAUGGCAAUAAGGGCUGCGAUGGAGGCAAACCUUACUCUGCCUUCCAAUAUGUGAAGAACAAUGGUGGUCUGGAGGCUGAGGCAACCUAUCCAUAUGAAGCAAAGGUACAGCGCUGCAGGUACCGACCUGAACGUUCUGUUGUUAAGGUCAAACGCUUUUUUGUUGUUCCAAAAAAUGAAGACGCUUUAAUGGAAGCUCUACUAACUCAUGGGCCCAUUGCUGUUGCAAUUGAUGGUUCACAUGAAUCCUUUAGUAGAUAUCGAGGAGGUAUGUAUCAUGAACCAAACUGCAAACGUAAUACUCUUGACCAUGGUUUACUAUUGGUUGGCUAUGGCUAUGAAGGUCGCGAGUCAGAGAACAGGAAAUACUGGCUGCUAAAGAACAGCCAUGGUGAAAAAUGGGGAGAAAAGGGCUACAUGAAACUUCCCAGAGAUCAGAACAACUACUGUGGAAUUGCUUCUUAUGCCAUGUACCCCGAAUUGUGA